AUGAGUACAACAGAAUCUUGGAGUGGUGGAACUGACGAAGAGUAUGAAACUCAACAUUUUGGUUUUGGAGCCCAACGUUUUAAAAUUGCCGUGCGACAAAUGGUGAAAGAUAAAAUUAGAGAGGGCGUCAAGGAAAUGGAAUCGUUUUUGCAAGAGGAAUUAGAUCUCAACGACACUGAUAAAGCAGCUUUAACGCAGUCUUGUGAUAAUUUAAUAAAUUUGUAUUACUCACGUGCGGAUCCAUCUUUUAAAAUUAUUGAUGAUGAAAUUGAAAGAAUGUUAAAAAUUCCCGAUAAUGUUUUGUUACCAGAAGACGAGAUUCAACUACAACAAGUGUCUAAAGAGGAAUAUAAUAACUUGAAAGAAGAAGUAGCAUUAUUGCGAAAACGUGUUGAACGUGCGGCUUUAAUGGAAAGUUUGCUUAAUUCUGAAUUAGAGGAGCUUGAGUCUGUUGAAAAGGUGUGUGAAGCUGCCAAAAAGGAUAUGCAGGUGCUGGAUUUGCUUGUAGAAAACUUUGGAACAAGUGAUAGUGUUAAAGCUAUUGCGGAUGAAACAGAGUCUCUUUGUGCCAGUGUACCAUUUAUAAAGGAAAGUGAAAAUACAACAUUGGACGGUUGA